GCACGACGAGCGUGUGCCGGCCAAGUACGCGCAUAAUAAUUCUUGUGAGCAAUAAAAAUAUAUUUAAAGAGAGAUAAAAUUUAUGAUAAGUUGUAUUUUUUAACUGUGGAAAUUAUUUGUCUUGUUCUUCUGAGGAACCCGUCGCACAUAUGAUUAAUUGGUUAUAUUAAUGUGAUUACCGCUACAAAAGUUUAUCAGUCCAGUUUGUAACGUAAACGGAGAUUGUUGUGAGUUUCAAAAUAAUUGAUAAGGAUUCAAAUAUGACGAAAGCUAAGCAAAUUAAUACUAAGUUAAAAAAAGAUGGUGAUUUUAUACCCCCUGAUGGAGGAUGGGGUUGGAUGAUCGUUUUUGCGGCUGGUGUUUCAAAUCUGUCAGCUCUACCCAUACUCCAGCAGUUCGGGCUCCUCUUCCGGGACAAGUUCUCUCGCCUGGGCAUCAGCAGUUCGGAGACGACCACUAUAAUCAACAUGAACUCAGCCCUGACCUCUUGCGUCGGGCUUGCAAAUGGACCAUUAUUUAAAACAUUUACUUACAGACAAGUGUCUCUAGCGGGGGCUAUAGUUGUCUUCAUAUCCCUGAUAUUAACUACGUUUUCUUAUAGCUUCGCUACAUAUCUUAUGUCAUUUUCAAUUUUAUAUGGCGCCGGUUAUGGAAUAAGUAGUUCAGCAAACGCCCUUGCUUUAAACACUUACUGGAAAAACAGAAGAAGACUAGCCACUGGGUUAUCAUGGACCACAACGGGUCUAGGACCAAUAAUGUGGCCACACAUCAUAACUGGCCUAUUCGCGGUCUUCGGCGAAACAGGAGCCAUUCUUAUCAUAAGUGGCAUUUCGCUACAUGCCAUAGCAUGUGCACUUCUACUGCAACCAGUAGAAUGGCACACCAAAAGUCCAAAAGAAGAGGAUCAAGAGAAAUUACUUAAAGUCGAAACUAAAGAAACAUUAGCGAAUAAGAAGCAAGAAAGCGGAUAUUUUAGCCAAGUAUCAAAAUUUAAAAAUCUAAGUGCAUUUUCAAGUCAGUAUCUUUACAAUGAAGAUGAUCCAGUCAACACUGGUUACGAAAUAACAGAUCCGGGUAUUCCCAUGAUGUUGCGAGCCAACGAUGGAUACUUCAGCCAGUCAAGACAGUCAAUGUCAAAGAGUCGAGUAUCUUCACGAGAAGGCUCCAAUAAAAACUCACAAAUGAACUCUAGACUUAAUUCCAAAAAGCCAUCUAUGACUAAUUUACUUGAGAAUCGAUCUCGUAAAUCAUCAACAUUGUAUCUUAAUGAAUCUAAAAAAAACUCAGCGGCUAAUUUAGGAGCUUUAGAUAAAGAACGUGAAACAUAUAAGCCAAAGCGUAAAACGUCCAUAACUUUAGAAACUCAGAUUCCUGAAUCGGAAAUCGAGGAUUGUCCCACACUUAAAGCACCCCAAGAUUUGAAGGCAGACGAAAAGGCUGUCGUAGAGAAAAUUGAUCCAGCUCACGCUAAAGUUAUAGCUGAUAGAGCUGAAAAACAUUUUGCCGGAAGCAAAAGCAUAAAAUCCUUUAAAAUGGAUGGCCAGUAUGGCGAAAAGUAUACCAAAGAUAACCAUAGUAAUGUGUCACUUAAGAAUCAAGAAGAAAAUGAAGAAAGAAAAUAUUUGAAAGAUAAUCAUAGCAAUCAGUCGUUUAGGACACGGCACAGGAGGAAGUCGAACAAUUUUAAUUAUGAGAGCGAGGUUUUAAAACAAGCCUCGUUAAAAUUAGAACAAUAUUUAAAAGAAAGUGAGGAUAAUACUGAAAAAAUGAAACUGUUGAUGACGCAGAUGGAAAGUGAUGAUAAUGAUAAUGUGUUUGAUGAAAAGAAAGAAGAGAUUGUGGAAGACGAAGAAGAAGAGGAAGAAUUAACGUUCUGUCAAAAAGUAGCACUAUUCUUUGAUCUAGAUUUACUCAAAGAUUACACUUUUAUUAACCUUAUGUUAGGUAUAACUCUUGCUAAUUUCAAUGAACUGAACUUUUCCAUCUUAACCCCGUUCAUACUUGGUGAUUACGGGAAAACGAAAUCUGAAGUGGCUUUAUUCAUGUCGCUAUUGGCUGGAGUUGACAUUUGUGUGAGAUUCUGUAUACCGUUUGUUGCUGGGAAAAUUGGAUGGGACAAUAAUUCUUUCUUCCUUUUCGGGGUGAUGACCAUGGCUAUGGGACGAGUAGUUUUGGCGUACUGUCAGAAGUACUACGUGGUUCUUCUAGUGGCUGUAAUGAUUGGUUUUGGAAAAGGGCUACGAACCGUAUUCAUGGCUCUUGUGAUACCAACUCAUGUGCCAUUGCAUAAAUUACCAGGAGCAUCAGGAAUACAACUGAUCACCGCUGGAAUGGUAUACUUAUCAUUAGGACCUGUUGUUGGUUUCAUAAAAGACCACGCAUCUACUGCAGUGACGUUGCAUUGUCUGAAUAUCUUCACUUGGCUCACCGCCCUCUCUUGGGGACUUGAGAAAUUCAUCACAGCAAGACGACAGAAGACAGCAGAACCUGAAGAAAUUAAAGAUAAUGUUAUUAAAAAGAUGAAUGUUGAAACAAAUAAAGUGCCCCCCGACGGGGGCUACGGUUGGGUUGUGACCUUAGCCUAUGCUUUGAAUAAUGUGGUUGUGCUCCCUUUGAUAGCCGGCUUCGCGCUGGUAUUAAACGACACAGACUUGACAUCGACACAAGUAACGUUUGUCAUAGUUCUAAACCAUAGUAUUGGCAUGCUUCUGUCAUUCUUCGGAGGGCCCAUGUUGAGUCGCUUUGGAUACAGAAAGAUUGCCGUGAUUGGUGCCAUUUUUAUCUCAUCUGGUCUCAUGCUGACAUCAGUAGCUACAGACUUCUGGCAUUUUAUAUUAUCUUACAGUAUUAUAUGUUCAAUGGGAGUAGCGUCCAUAAUGGCAGCGUUCACGUUAGCUAUAAAUUCAUUUUUCAAAGUCAAAAGGGGAAGAGCUAUCGGCGUGGGCAUGUCUAUCACUGGCUUAGGGGCUAUUUACAUGCCCUUACUGAUGAGUGCCCUAAUGUACACUUUUGGUUGGAGGUACACAGUAUUAACGCUAAGUGCUAUCUGCCUCCAUUCACUUGUAGCAGCUUGUUUACUUAGGCCAGCCAAGUGGUACUUAAAAGACCCCGAAAUUUCUGAAGAAGCGGUACCUUUGAAUAGGGAACCUGAAGUGGAGCUCGUGAAUGGAAGUGUUACUCUACCUAAAGAUGGAAUAUCGUUACCUCACUUAGAGGAAUCAGGGGAAAACGGUGUGCUCCCCUCAAAAAGUCUGUCGAUGAGAUCUCUCACAAGCAACUCAAGUUUACGAACAAGAAAUGCAAUAUCUCAUCCCGAUAUACGUAACAAAAUGCCCGAUGCACCCUUGGCGGAAUCCCGGUAUAAAUGGUGGGAGUCUCAAGAAAUCAACCUUGGCAGCUCUAUAAAUAUUUUCAACGAAACUGAGAAUGCAAAGAAUUUAAAUACUCAAGAGAAAGAAAAAGAACAAGAAAAUCCAAAGAAAGGAUACCUCGAACAUUUCGUUCAGUUCUUUGAUCUGACACUUCUGACUGAUCCUAUAUUCGUUAACAUUAUAUUUGGGCUAUCGAUAGCCGCUUGUGUGGAAACAAACUUUUCCUUACUACUGCCCAUAAUUCUAAAGGACAUGAUGAAGUUUGAAACAAGUGAUAUAGCUAAGCUGAUGUCAGUCAUAGGGUUUUCUGACACCCUAUUCCGAUUUGUGUCACCAUUUAUUGGAGAAUGGUGCAACAAAUCACCACGCGUCAUGUACAUGGUCAGUUUACUCAUGAUCAUUUUCACCAGGAGUCUGAUGCUGUUCACAUCGUCGUUCAUGGGGAUGGUGUUUGUGGCGCUGGCGCUGGGCAUCACGAAGGCAAUGAGGACGGUCUACGUGAACAUUGUCAUACCAAGCUACGUUCCUUUACACCGACUCGCCUUCGCGUCCGGGAUCCAAAUGUUCUUCAGUGGCAUUACGAUCUUCACGAUCGGAACCUUGCUAACUCGCGUUCGAGAGUCGUCUGGAUCCUACAUAAUGCCAAUCAUCGUGCUGAACCUCGUGACCUUCAUCACGAUCAUAUCCUGGAGUGCUGAGUUCCUAUAUCUUAGAAUAAAAUUAAGAACCAAACCUGAAGAACAAGUGACCACGUAGGUCAUUCACCUGUGAAUUAGUCUAAGUAUGUUAUAACUAUUAAAAUUAUCUGUUGUUUCAACGGGAGCCAUUA